AUGAGAAAUGAGCCACAAAUUUUAGCGCACUAUUUAAUUAACUCACCAAUAUAAUCUGAAAUUUUAAUGGAUUCCUCAAACAAUGAAAAUAAUGCAAAAAUUAUUAAUUUCACAUCUACAAAUUAUAAUGCUGAAGCAAAUACAAAGACAUUAGAUUUUAGAGUUCAUAUUAUCUUUUUACAUAAAAAUACAAUAAAACAGUAUUAAUUGGAAUUCAUCAAGUAAUGGCCCAAAUAUUUUGAGCUUUCUAAAUAAGCAAAAUGCUCUUUUACAGUUAUAUCUUACAGGGGAUUCUAGUCAACCUACACAAAAUUUGAAUAUUAAUAUCUAAAAUUCAUAGAUCUCUACAGGGAUAUAGCUUAACAUAAAUUAAUGGAAUCGUGUUACUAUAUCCUAUUAUUGUUACUUCGAAAGCAAUAAAUACUAGUAUAGAAUUGA